ACGAGUUCAUUGAGAGUUAUUUUGCUUAUCAUCCCUUCAGAUUUCUCCAACUACAUUAUUUAUUUGUAUACGAGUGUGACAAAACACAUGGUCUUUGAUUUUCCACUCAUAGAAUGAGAAAGGCAACGCUUCACCUUGUUUCCAUUUGGUUUACACUGUUUAUCGGCCGCCUGAACUGUAAAACACCUCCAAAUGCACGACCCAACAUAGUGCUUAUUCUAAUUGAUGAUCUCGAUUAUGUUUUAGGUGGCCUGGAACCGAUGGCCAUCACCCGUCGUCUGGUCAGCCAACAUGGCGCCACUUUUACCAAUGCCUUCAUCUCGACGCCAGUCUGCUGCCCGAGCCGAUCGUCCAUUUUGACCGGCAAAUACGUCCAUAAUCAUCGGGUCAUCAAUAACACGGCGACGGGCAAUUGCAGCAGCCGCCAAUGGCAGGACGGGGAAGAACACAAGACGAUGGCGACAUAUUUGCAAGCCAACGGAUACGCCACUUUCUACGGCGGCAAAUACCUCAAUCAGUACGGCAAAAAUGAAACGGGCGGCGUUGAACACGUGCCACCGGGCUACAAUCGCUGGGUGGGAUUGGUUGGCAACUCGCGUUACUAUAACUACACACUGUCGGUGGAUGGAAGGCGCCGGGAUCAUGGAGAAGACUAUCACCGUGACUACCUAACCGACGUUUUGGCGAGGGAGGCGCUGAGUUUCAUAGACGGCGUCGCUCCUAACCGACAUCCCUCUUCGUUAUCGGCCGCCGCAGACAGCCGGCCAUUCUUCGCCGUGAUCGCUCCGCCGGCUUGCCACUCACCUUUCACUCCGGCGCCGCAGCAUUCGCGCAAAUUCGCCGGACGCAGAGCUCCGCGUUCGCCCAGCUUCAACCGCCAUCCGGCCGACGACAAACAUUGGCUCCUGCGGCAAGCGCCUCAGGGCGCAUUGCCCAAGGACAUUGUUCGCAAAGUCGACCACGUUUUCCGACAAAGAUGGAGGACGCUCUUGUCCGUCGAUCAAAUGAUAGGCAACAUGGUGAAAUUGCUGCGUCGAAAGGGUCAACUGGAUCGCACGUGGAUGAUCGUGACGUCCGAUCACGGGUACCACAUGGGCCAAUUUGCCAUGCCCAUCGACAAGCGAUUACCUUACGAAACGGACAUUCGCGUGCCGUUGUUGGUCGUCGCCGCCAGCCAUAACCGGCCGACAGCCAAUAACAAGAGCCGUGACAUUGAGAUCGAUUCAUUGUCUGUCGUUUCCAUCGAUCUGGCGCCCACCGUCCUCGACAUGGCCGGCCUACCCGUCCCCGACCAGAUGGACGGUGUUUCUCUCCUUCCGCUGAUGGCCAACGCCUUCGCCCCCCCAUCGCAUCACGGCAACGUUUCAAAGGAGGUGUCGCGUGUUGCCGAGCCGCGGGACAGCCAUUGGCGCGGGAUCGAUGAAUCAGCCAAACCGUGGAGGACAUUCUACUUGAUCGAAUACCACGGCGAAGCCGACCUGCAAGAUGUCGAUCUUCAAUGCCAACAGGACGCCAAUACGACGUUGUGUUUGGACGAGUUCGGCUGCAAAUGCCAAGACGCCGCCAAUAAUACGUUCGUUUGCUUGCGCACCUUGCGUCGUCCGACUGACAAUCAGCAUGCAAAUGAAGACAGCCUGUACUGCCAGUUUGACGACUCGCAGGCCUUCGUCGAAUCGUACGACCUGCGCCUCGAUCCCUAUCAGUUAAACAACAGGGCGUAUCGUCGGUCGUGCCGCUGCACCGUUCCCAGUCACCGUCGUCGCGAACUGAUCAUCAAUUAUUCGAAAUGUCGUGGUCACGUCAACUGUUCUGGCGUCUCUGACAACCAAUGGGCAGACGCCACCCCAUGACGACGUAUGUACUACGAUAUAAAAAAAAAAUAA